AAUACUAAAUCCAUUAUUGGCGCAUUUACACACUGUCUCUCCCUCUCUCUAUGGCGUCCAAGAAAACCCUAACCGACUACGAAAGCCGGCGGCUGGAGAACAUCCGCCGGAACGGCGAGAUGAUCGCUGCCCUGAUGCUGCAGUCUAAGGCUUCCGAAAUCUCUUCUUUUCUCAAGCGCAGCGGCUCCAAAUCAACCAAUCAUCCGACAAAAUUCAAGAAACUAAAAAACUCUCCUCCCCGAUCACCAUUAGUCAUCCGCCGCUCCCUCCGCACACGCGGACUACCUCCAAAUCACUCCGGCCAUCCUUUGACGCCAACUGAUUCUUCACCAAUCCGGCCUUUUCCAAAACCUGAGCUGUCCCCUGCGCGGAAGCGCGAACAGAUCCGCAUUAAUGAUGCAUUCUUAGGUGAAAGUGACGCUUCAGAUCGCCCUCUCAUCGAUGUCAUAUUGGCCGCCACCGCUGCAAGGGGUGAUGCCGAUGGUUGGUAUAGGUCAAAUCUACUGGGAAACUGCAAGUUUGAUCCUAGGUCUUCGAUGAAGCUAAAGCCAGAGAAUGUAGCUAAGGUUCUUCCGGAAAGGAUUCUUAGCAUCCAGAUUGUUCCUUCUGCUAACCGGACUGUAGUUGCCGUCGGCAACAAGCUCGGGAAUGUUGGGUUCUGGGAUUUGGAUUUUGGGGAUGGCGAUGAGGACGAGGACAAUAAGGGAAUUUAUGUUUAUGCUCCACAUUCUGCUCCGGUUUCAGGGAUCUCCAUUCAUCCCUCAAGCAUGAGUAAGAUAUUUACUAGUAGCUAUGAUGGAUUGGUACGAAAGAUGGAUGUUGAGAAGGAAACUUUCAAUGUGACAUAUUCGAGUGAGAACUGUAUUUAUUCCAUUUGCCAAUUGCCAUGUGAUUUUAAUUCCCUCUAUAUUGGGGAGGGAGCAGGGGUUCUUAAACUCUGGGAUGAUAGGGCUGGUAAGGCUUCAAGCAAAUGGCGCCCGCAUGAAGAUAGAAUAAAUACGGUAGACUUUAGCGCAGAAAAUAGUUAUUUAAUGGCUACAAGCUCGACCGAUGGAACAGCUUGCAUAUGGGACCUACGAAAUAUGAAGAAUCAUCAACCGGAGCACCUUAACGUGGUUCACCAUAAAAGGGCUGUACAUUCAGCAUAUUUUUCUCCCACUGGAAGCUAUCUUGCAACCACAAGCCUUGAUGACACAGUUGGAAUUACCAGUGUUUCUCGUCCCAAAGAUAUAUCUAUGGUUGAUCACUACAAUCGGACUGGUAGAUGGUUGUCCACAUUCAGGGCUGUUUGGGGAUGGGACGACUCCUUCCUGUUUCUUGGAAAUAUGAGAAGAGCUGUGGAUGUUAUUUCCAUUUCCAGCAAAACGACAACAGCUUUGGAAAGCCCAGAAUUGAGUUCAAUCCCUUGCCGCUUUGCUUCGCACCCGUGCAGAAUUGGUAUUCUUGCUUGCGCCGCAGCUGGUGGUAAGGUCUUUGUCUGGACAAAAUCAUAAUUUUUGGAGCUUUUCUUGGUCGUCAGCAAUGCUUUUCUAGAUAUAUAUAUAUAUAUAUAUAUUAUCAUAUGACGCAGAAAGUACAUUCUAAAG